UACAUGUUUUGCACAAAUGAAAAGUAAGCUAAGAUAUCGAUGCCGCGAGUAUAUACAGUUAAUAUAUUCGCAUACGUAUUUUCCUUUCCAAUGCCUCUAGUAUAUUAUUUGUUAAAUAAGUACCAAUCUUCAAAUAUAUAAAUUAUCAAACAUAUAAACACAUUGUUGAAGAUGAUUACUUAUUUCCUAAAAUAAUUAUUUAAACAGUUUGUAAAUAGAUACGUUUCUUACAGAUUAAAUUAAACAAAAUGUCUUUAAUAGAAGGUGUUGGCGAUGAAGUUACAGAUUUUUUUAUUGUUUUGAGUAUCAUAUUGGUGGCUUGGUUUGCAUGGUGUUCUACAAAUAUUGCUGAUCAACCAAUAAUACGCACAGUACUUAUAUUGCAACAUCGAACACGCACAAGCAUUACAGAACUAAGAGCAAGUCAAAACACCAAUACUCUUAAUCAAUCUCGUAAUAUGGAAAUAUCAGAAGAAGAUUCUAUAGAAACUAAUACUACUGAAAAUAAUCAUUCAGAAUCAAGCUGUCCAGAAACAUCUGUUGGAGAUGCUACUACUCCAGCAUUACGUAGAGUACCAGAACCUACAACUUCUGAAGAGAUUCUCAUUGAAACUAUGGAUUCCUUUAAUAAUGAAGAGACAAUAGCAUUAGAAAAACCUAAUAAGGAAAGUUCUACAGGUGAAUCUAACAUAGCAGAGUCGGUGUGUACUAGUACAGAAUGUCCAUCUGACAAUUUGUCAACUGCCAAUGCUAAUGAAAUUAGUAUAAAACUAAAAUUCAUAAAUGACGAUCAAAAAGUCGUGACAGGAAGUCUUAAGGAAAUGCUUGGAGACUUCAAAAAGCGACAUUUUCAAGUAGAACUUGAUUCGCAAAAAUUGGUGCGCUUAGUAUUUAAAGGUCAAGUGCUUCAACCAGAUAGUCAAACACUAGAACGGUGUGGUCUUUACAAUCAUUGUGUAGUUCAUUGUUUAGUACAUCAACCACGGCCAGCUACAACAUCAUCACGGCCUCAUACAUUGGAUGAUUCAUCAAUUUAUUUUAAUACACAGACUUUUCAAGAUCUCCCUGCGGGUAAUGGAAUCAGCUCAGUACAUAAUGAAUGGGAUUUAAGCAGGCUCUUAAUGAGCAUUUUGGCUCUUAUUUUGGGUCUUGCUUGGUAUUCUCGUUAUCAUUAUGCGCAAUUUUUUACUGCGACGGCUACAAUUGUAUUAUAUGCACUCACUGCAAUAUUUACAGUUCCUUUGUUUAGCAAUUUUUUUCCUGAUCAAGAUAGCAUUAGAAACAUCGAGUGAAUUGAUAUUACUACCUUAUUAUUCAGAUAAUUGUGCAAACAAAUUUUACUGAUCAUAAUUAUUAUUGAUAAGUAACAAGAAUGGACUUUCAGCACUCGUAUUACUUAUUGAUUUAUGCAGAAACAUCAUCGGUAUAACAAAUAAACAUAUAAAAAAAAUGUGAUUUUUCUAAUAGCUUGCAAGUAACUUUG